UUUUGUCUUACCAGUGGUUCGUGAUCUUGAAAUCAGUGUUUCUACCGAUGAUGUUCUUAAAGGCUGCUUGUCAAUGUGAAAGCUUCGACAUGUUAGGUGGAAAAUCUUCCUCAAGUUCUUCUGAUGCAUCUUCGCGCGAAAGGGAAUCUCAACUUUCAAAUAUGAUAAGCUAGUUGAGAGAGAUGUGAUGUUGAAAAAAGUUCAGAAGGCAAUGGAGGAGUACCUUGUUGCCAUUGUCCAUUCUCUCCGAGAAUUUUGCUGCCUCCACUUGGUGUUUGGAGGAACUCCGAAAGAUUCUUGAUGUGGGAAAACCAGUUAUUCCUGUGUUUUAUGAAGUCGUUCCUUCCGAUGUUCGGCACCAGAGAAAUAGUUUCGCUAAGGCUUUCGAAGAACAUGAAAGAAGAUCAGAAGAAGAUCAAUUGAAGGUGCAACAAUGGAGGAAAUCCUUGAAAGAGGUUGCGGACUUUUCUGGCUGGGAGUCCAAGGAUAGGUGAGUUUUGAUUGUGUUAAUUUAUCUACAUAAGUAAUCAUCAUUUCAGUUUUCUGGUAGCUACAAUAACCAAACACAUAAUUAAGAAGAAGAUACAACACAAAAUACUACAUGAUUUCGGUAAUUACUUAUCAUUAUUGAAAAUUUUAACUCAAUCUAUAAUAAUUAGCGAAUGGCUCUGUUAUAUUUCAUGUCUGUUGACAUUGGAGUUAUCAGAAAAUUAUAAAUUUUUAUCAAUAGGAGAUUGGAAGAACUCAUUGAAGACAUUAUUAAAUCGGUAUGGACAAAAAUACGUCUUAAAUUGCCAUCAUACGAGGAGGAAAGGGUUGGAAUUGAUUCAAGAGUUGAGAAAAUACGUUCACUUUUGAAGCUGGAAUUGAAAGACGUGGUUCACUUCACUGGAAUAUGGGGCAUGGGUGGUAUAGGUAAGACAACUCUAGCGAGAGUUGUAUUUAAGAAAAUAUGUAGCCAAUUUGAUAUUAGUUGCUUCCUUGAAAAUGUGAGAGAUUUCUGGGAAAACUCAUGACAUGCUUACCUUACAAAUAACACUUCUCUCUCAUAUGGAAGUGAAAGAAUUCACAAUCCAAAAUUUGGAUGAAGGAAAGAUCGUAAUAGGAGGUAUCUUACGGAACAACAAAGUUCUCCUGGUCCUUGAUGAUGUUGAUGACGCAAGACAACUGGACAGUUUGGGUGUGAAUGAUCAAGGGAAGUUUGGCCCUGGGAGCAGGAUUAUAGUAACAACAAGAGACAUAGAAGUACUAAAACCACUUGGAAAAUUUGAAAUUUGUAAAGUUGAUCUGUUAAAUUCUGAUGAAUCCCUUCAAUUUUUUUGUCAUAAAGCAUUUAAAAGAGAUAAACCAUCAGAACAACUAUUGCAGUUGUCAAAAGGGGCUGUUCAACAAGCUGGAGGCCUUCCUCUGGCCCUUGAGAUGAUGGGUUCAUCCUUCUGUGGGAGAAACGAAUCUCAGUGAAAAGAACUUUUAGAUAUGAAAGAAUACUCAAAGAAAGAUAUUGUGAUGGAGAAACUUACAAUAAGCUAUCAUGGGUUACCAGAAAGUUAUCAGAUUUUGUUUCUUGAUAUUGCAUGUUUCUUCAACGGGUGGGUGAAAGAGCACGUGGAACAAAUUCUAACAAUUUGUUGCCGUUGUCCAGCAAAUGGAAUUGAUGUACUAAUUGGUAAAUCACUGGUAAGUUGUGAUGGAUCACGUUUAUGGAUGCAUGAUUUACUUCAAGAAAUGGGAAGAAAAAUUGUUGUCGAAAAAUGUCUGAUAGAUGCUAGCAAACGCAGCAGGUUGUGGUCACCCCAUGACAUUGAUCAAGCACUAAAAAGAAAGAAGAAAAAAGAAUCGAUUCAGGGUAUAGUUUUGAAGUCGUCUACUGAGCCAUACAUUGCAAAUUGGGAUCCCGAAGCCUUCUCAAAUUAAUUUUCACAAUAUACAAGUUCCCCGUGGCCUCAAAUGUCUUAGCAGUUCACUGAAAGUUCUUCAGUGGACAAAGUGUACUUUGGAAGCUCUGCCGCUUGGCGUUAAGCUUGAGAAACUUGUAGUGUUAAAAAUGCGUUACAGCAAAAUAAAGAAGAUCUGGAGUGAUUCUCAACAUUUCAAAAGGUUGAAGUUCAUUGAUCUUAGCCAUUCCGAAGAUCUAAUUGAAAGUCCUAUAGUUUCUGAGGUUCCAUGUCUUGAAAUUUUGCUUCUUGAAGGUUGUAAAAACCUUGUCAAGGUUCACCAAUCUGUUGGACUGCACAAGAAGCUUGUCGUUUUGAACUUGAAAGAUUGCAUAAACCUCCAAAUCCUUCCAACAAAGUUUAAAAUGGAUUCUUUGGAGGAAUUGAUUCUUUCUGGCUGCUCAAAACUUAAAAAGCUCCCCAAGUUUGCAAACAAUGUGCAAUGUUUAUCACUGAUUGAUUUGAAGAAAUCAGAAAAUCUUAUCUUCCUACCAAAGUCUGUUUGCUAUGUCAGUGGGACAAAAGUUCGUUUAGAAAAUCUUAAAGAGCUUUCUUUUGGUGGAGGAAAACUCAUCAAUAUGUAGGAAGAAACUAGUUACGAAGGAAUUAAUCUUGCCUCCUCUUUCUAGUUUAACAAGCCUCAAGUUCUUGAAUUCAAGUUACUGUGACCUUAAUGAUGAAUCAAUGCCAGAUGAUCUUGGAUCCCUAUCAUCUUUGUUGGGCUUAGAUCUAAGCGGUAACAAUUUUGUUAGGCCUACUUACUGCAUUAGAAAUCUUCAUGCCUUGAAGAGUUUGACCUUAAUUGAUUGCCCAAGGCUUGAGUCUUUGCCAAUGCUCCCACCAAACGUUCAAUGUUUGUGUACAGCUAACAGUACUCAAACGAAACCCUUGAAUUCAGAUGCAUAUAUGCUAUGGAAGAUCUUUGAGUUGCACAUGAAUCAGGUAUAUUCAUUAUAUACACCUCAUUCUCUCCCUCAUCUGCCCCCUAUCCACCCUAAUCAUUUCCAUAAAGUUUGUGUUUACCAAAUGGAAGGUAGGCCACAUUUUAUGCUCAUCAUUCCGGGGAGAGAAACUCAAAAAUGGAAUGAAGAGUGCUUUCUGGUCGAUCCAUCACAUCAUCCAUAUAACAUGUUGGGUUGUGAUUCAGCUGCAUCAAUAAAAGUGGAAGCACCUCAAUACUGUGAAUCUAGUGGAUGGUUAGGAAUUGCAAUAUGCUUAGCAUUAGAACAUUCAAAUAUGCAGCCUUCUCCUCAAUCACAUGUGAGUCAACAUUCCAAGGGAAAUGAGGAAACUCGCAUUUAUUUUUGGGCAUGUAAAGCUCAUGAUGGUGAACCUGACUUGAUUUUCCCCAUAGUACCUGAACAUAGCCACUCAGUUCAUGAAUGCAAUGAAGAAAAAUGCCUUCUUCAACUGAUAUUUUAUGUGGAGAAUCAUUCUAAGGCAUGGAAACCAAGUAUAAGGAAGUGUGGGUGUAGUGUUAUAUUUAAGGAAGAUGUUGAAGAAUGGUGCAAUUAGCAGCACCCAAGUGGUCCUAUUUCAUCAAGAAACACAAAUGAUUAUUUGCAGCAGUUACUGUUUAGGUUUUUUAUUGCAGCUAUUUGAAGACAUACUGAUAAAUUUUAUAUAUGAAUAUUUUCAAGUAAGCUCUAAAAUUAUACAACUUCCUAUAGUUAUAUACUUCGUUUCGAAAGAAAGUUCAUCUUUGACAAAAAUGUUCAGAAGGGUUAUUAUUUAUGUAAAAUCAAAUUUAACCCAAUCAAAUUAUAUAUAUAUUCAUUGCCGACAAAGAAAAAAAAGAUAUAUAAUAUUCUGAUACAGUAGAGUUUUUAUUUCAGUCAAUAACUUCCUUGUAUAACCAUUGCUUAAUUAAGAGUACCCAAUACUACUGCAUAAAAUAAUAAAAUAUUUCGCAUGAAAUAAGAAAACCACCAUUUUAUACCCAAUCACCUCUAUGGUCGGUCAUGCAAUAAUACAAUACAAUUUAGUCAAUGGUUGUAAAAAUAAUUUAAAUUUAGUAUACAUCUCCAUUUUCCAGUAGUUUCUUAAUCUAUAAGCCUGCAACAAAGCAGAUAAUAUGCCAAACACGAAUUAGUUAAAAUAUAUUUUAUAAUUCUUGUUCAAUUUUAAUUACAUCAGCAAAUACACAAAUCAUAGAAAGUUUAAACAUAAAUAAUCAUAAUAAUGCCAGAAAUGCGGUCACAGAAAAGUGAGAUAAUUGAGUGUCAACCAUGCGUAAGUAUUCAUUCAACCUGCAUCAAUGGUCUGAUUUACACUGCAUGUUCCCAUCAUGACCUAUCCAUUCACGAAAAUAUUAUUCCUUAGUUGUUAUCUGUAAAUUUUCUAUCUACUUUUUUUCUCUUCCAGGGGCAGAUUUUAGAACUGUAUAAUUCAAACAACAACAGCGCUUGUAUCCACUCAAAAAAACAUAUGAUCUUAUAUAAUCAUCGGUUUAAGCUUUGAACAUAAAUUGAACUGUUUUUGUCCGAGGGUGCAUGUCAAGGCUUCAAUGUUAAGUGGAGAAUCUUCCUCAAACUCUUCGAGAUGGACAUACCAUGUUUUUUUGAGUUUUCGAGAUGGACAUACCAUGUUUUUACAGAUCACUUGUACGUUGCGUUGGUGAGAAAGGGAAUGAUAACUUUCCGAGAUGACAAAAAUCUAGAGAAAGGAGAUAAGAUAGAUAAAGAACUAUUUAAAGCAAUUAAAGAGUCCCUCGGGGCCAUUGUGAUUCUCUCUGAGAACUAUGCCUCUUCCUCUUGGUGUUUGGAUGAGCUCAACAAAAUUCUGGAAUCAAAUAGAGCUCUGGGGAGAAAAGUUUUCCCAGUUUUCUGUGGGGUUAGUCCUAGUGAGGUUCAGCACCAGACAACAAAGAGUUUUGAAGAGGCUUUUCAGAAACAUGAAAGAAGAUUUGAGAAAGACACAGAAAAGCUGCAACAAUGGAGAGAUUCCUUGAAGGAGGUUAGCCAAAUUGCUGGCUGGGAGUCCAAAAAUUACCAGCAUCAAACGGAGCUCAUUGAAAACAUUGUUGAAUCGGUAUGGACAAAGCUACGUCCUGAAAUGCCAUCUUUCAAUGAUGGGUUAGUCGGAAUUAACUCAAGGGUUAAGAAAAUGGACUCACUUUUAAGGAUAGAAUCGAAGGAUGACGCUCGCUUUAUCGGAAUAUGGGGCAUGGGUGGCAUUGGAAAGACAACCCUAGCGAGAGUUGUCUUCAGGAAAAUCUAGCACCAGUUUGAUAUUAGCUGCUUCCUUGACAACGUUAGAGAGAUUUCAAAAGAAAGUGGUGGCAGGCUUCGUUUACAAGGAAAACUCCUUUCUCAUCUGGGUAUAAAAGGCUUAGAAAUUAGAGAUUUAGACGAGGGAAAGAACACAAUAAGAGAACUUCUAUUCAAGAAGAAAGUUCUUCUUGUCAUUGAUGAUGUUGAUGAUACUAGCCAACUAGAGAGUUUGGCUGAGAGGUUAGAG